AUGGGACUGCUAUCGCUCGGCACACCGCUGCACUGGGAGGAGGCGCGCAAGCACGCAGACCAUGUCCGCGAACAUGGCAUAACACAGUUCUUGAAUACCUGGAGAAGGUUGAAGGAUCGGAGUGGCGACGAGCUACUUUGGGGCGACGAGAUCGAGUACAUGAUUGUCCAGCUCGAUGAAUCUCAGCGCAACGCCGUACUUUCGCUCAGCCAGACCGACGUACUCGCCAAGCUGAGUAGCGCCACGGCCCGCAUCGACUCGGAAACAGGCGCGGAGGUCAUUCCGCCCACAUUCCACCCGGAGUAUGGGCGGUACAUGCUGGAGAGCACGCCUGGUGCGCCCUAUACUGGCCAUGUCCCGGACCUCCUGGCCGUCGAACCCAGCAUGCGUACUCGCCGCCGGAUCGCGCGCGAAGAGCUCCAGGACAAUCAGCGCCCGCUGACGAUCACGAGCUUUCCUCGUCUGGGCGUCGGCGCGUUCACGGACCCGCCGUGCGACCCGGCGAAGGCGCUGAGCAGCCACAGCCUGUUCCUUCCUGAGGAGAUCACCAACCCGCAUGCGAGAUUCCCCACGCUCACUGCGAAUAUCCGGAGACGACGCGGCUCAAAGGUCGCGAUCAACCUGCCGCUCUUCUUCGAUGAGAACACUCCCCGGCCACAUAUUGACCCGACAAUACCCUGGGAUAGGAAUGUCUUUAAAGAGGAUCCAGAGGCGAAAAACGGGGCUGCGAAACAUGAUCAUGUCUACAUGGACGCAAUGGGCUUCGGCAUGGGGUGUUGCUGCCUGCAGCUUACCUUCCAAGCCUGUAAUGUCGCGGAUUCGCGAAGGUUGUACGACGCGUUUGUGCCUGUGGCACCGAUUAUGUUGGCGUUGACUGCUGCAAGCCCGUUAUAUCGCGGUCUUGUCGCAGACGUAGACUGCAGGUGGGACGUCAUCUCAGGAUCCGUCGAUGACAGGACUCCCGAAGAGCGAGGGCUUAAGCCGCUCAAGAACUCGCGCUUCGUGAUCCCCAAGUCACGCUACGGCUCAGUCUCUCUGUACAUCUCGGAAGAGUGGAUGAACCGGCCAGAGUACAACGACACUGCUGCGCCAAUAGACGAGGCGAUCUUUGAGAGACUGAAGAAGAAUGGCAUCGACGCGCCGCUUUCGAGGCAUAUUGCUCACCUCUUUAUCCGGGAUCCCAUCGUUAUCUUCUCCGAGCUCAUCGAUCAAGACGACGAAGUCAGCAUGGACCACUUCGAGAACAUCCAAAGCACGAACUGGCAAACAGUCCGCUUCAAACCUCCUCCCGCCAACACCCCCAUCGGCUGGCGCGUCGAAUUCCGCUCCAUGGAAGUCCAACUCACAGACUUCGAAAACGCCGCCUUCGCCGUCUUCAUCGUCCUCCUCUCGCGCGCGAUCCUCAGCAUGAACCUCAACUUCUACAUCCCCAUAUCCAAAGUGGACGAGAACAUGGCGCGCGCGCAGAAGCGCGACGCCGUGAAGGAGCAGAAGUUCUUCUUCAGGAAGGACGUGUUCCCGCCGGUGGGGAGCGCGGCGCCGAGCCCGCUUAGGCCGAAUGUGCCGCUGCAUCCGUCGCCGUUGGGUGAUGUUGGUGCUGCGCUGCGCCCGAUCGUCACUGCCACGACGAACGGCGUGAACGGAAGAUCGCCUGCUUCGCCGACGGCUAGGACGCCGAUAUCACCUAUCAGUAGUAGCGGCGCGAGCACUCCGGGAACGAAGAGCAGGAGGAUGAAUAACUGCUACACGCCGCCUGCGCCGCCUGAGGAGGGUCUUCCAAGCGGAUCCGUGACGGAGGAGUAUGCAGAGUUCACGAUGAACGAGAUCAUGAACGGCGCUGGCGACUUCCCGGGCCUCAUCGGCCUCACAGAAGCCUACCUCGACACGCUCGAAACAACGCUCGAAGAGCGGCACAAGAUUGACAGCUACCUCUCCCUCAUCCGUCGUCGCGCCUCGGGCGAGCUACAAACGACCGCCUCGUGGAUCCGCAACUUUGUGCGCUCUCAUCCGGCUUACAAGAAGGAUAGCGUUGUGAGCCAGGAGAUCAAUUAUGAUUUGAUGGUUGCGGUGGAUGAGAUUGAGAGGGGCGUGAGGAGGGAGGGGAGCUUGUUGCCGGGGGAUUACACGGGUGGGGAGGCGGAUGGUGGGAAGCUGUGA